AUGGAGAACAAUGGCUAUAAUACACCUAACACAGAAUGUGUGCAUUUGUUGUUGCAUUUUGGUGAAGAAUCGAGUAUUCCACUGUUGAACAUUGAUCCCGAUCGUUACUCCUAUUUUGAUUUGGUUGAUGACAUUAGUGGAUUGGCUAUCAAUGGUGGAUUGAAUAGUACAGGUUUAUCCUUUUCCAUUUCUUUUUGUCAUCCCACUAGUAACUCAAAAAUCCUCAUUGAAAAUGAUUCGGAUAUUCUUGAUAUGUUUAAACUUUAUAACACGUGUAGUUGUAUUCAUGUUUAUGCAAUAUCAUUAGUUAAUAAUGACCCCUUUAAUAUUAUAAUAAGUGAGUCCAAUGAGGAAUCUAUAGUGAAUGACGAGCUUAGUGAUUAUGAAGAAAAACAUGAUCUUAUUGUUUUUGAAAAUUCUGACGAAGAUAAAGUGUCAAUUUAUUCUGAUAGAGGUCUGAAAGGAAAAAUAUUUGCUCCCGAGUUUGAUGGAAAAGUGAAACUAGAAGUUGGUUUAUUAUUUGGUGAUGUGAAUGAGUUUAGAGCUACUCUUAGAGAUUUUGUUAUACAAGAGGGGUUUGAGAUUAAGAGGAUAAAAAAUGAAAAGGCAAGGGUAACAGCUAGAUGUGUCGCGGAUGGUUGUUGUUGGCGCAUUCAUGCAUCUCCUGCACCAGAUGGUUUAACAUAUAAGAUUAAGUCAUACAACCCAGACCAUUCUUGCAUACGAACAACAAAGAACUCAAAUGCUACAUCUACUUGGAUUGCAGGGAAGUUAGAAAGCAAGUUAAAGGCUGACCCAAAUAUGAGUUAUGCGGGUAUGAAACAAGAACUAUUGGAUAAUUAUGGUAUAGAACCAAGUAAUGUUGGUCAACUUUAUCGCGCAAAGAAAAAAGUGAGGCAGGACACUAAAGAGUUUCAUGCACUUUCAUAUAAUAACUUGCCAUCUUGGGCCAACCUUGCUUUGGAGACAAAUCCUGGAUCUAUUAUAAAACUUGAGUUAGAACCAAGAAUCAACCAAAACCCCAUAUUUAAAAGGUUUUUUGUUUGCUUAAAUGCAAUGAAAAAUGGAUUUGUGAAAGGUUGUAGACCUUGGUUUGGAAUUGAUGGAUGUCAUCUAAAAGGACCAUAUGGGGGAGUACUACUAUCAGUUGUGGCAGUUGAUGGAAACAAAGGCAUGUUUCUGAUUGCCUUUGUUGUUGUUGAAGUUGAAUGUAAGGACUCAUGGAUGUUUUUUCUCACUUUGUUGGGUAAUGCAUUAAAUUCUAUUCCUGAAUGGAAAGAUAAGCAAGUGACAAUUAUGUCAGAUAUGCAAAAGGGGUUGCAAAAUGCAGUCGUGGAAGCAUUUCCUUAUGCCAAACACCGGUAUUGUUGUAAUCAUUUGCUAAACAAUUUCAAACUAAAGUUUAGAACAUUGCUUCUUAGCACACAAUUUUGGGCUGUUGCAAUGGCAUAUAAUGAAUUCAUGUUUGAGAAAGCUAUGGAAAAACUCAAAAAUAUUAGUGUUGAGGCUGCAAAUUGGAUGUUAGAUCGUGAAAGGCCUAAAAACAUGUGCGCUAGACAUACUAUUGACUCUGAAUGUAAAUCUGAUCAUGUAACAAACAGUGUCACAGAGUCCUUUAAUAGUUGGUUGGGAGACGAUAAAAAGAAGACAAUUUUGUCAAUGAUUGAGUCGAUUACAUGCAGGUUGAUGGCUAGAUUUCAAAAGAGAUAUGAAAAGGGACGUGAGUUUAAUAACAUUGUUACACCUAAGAUUAGAAAGGUUCUGGACAUAACAACGCAAGAUGGAAGAGUGUGUAGAGUCACAUAUGCGGGUGACGAUGAGUUUGGAGUGAAAGACGGAUAUACUACUUUUGUGGUAAACUUGAGGAGUCGAACAUGCAGAUGUGAUUAUUGGAGGAUAACAGGUUUACCAUGCAAGCAUGCAUGUGCAUGCAUUACACACAAAAGAGAAAAUGUAGAGAAGUUUUGUGAUACAUCUUAUACUACUAAAAUAUAUUCCUUUUGUUACAAUAACAUUAUACAUCCUAUGUCUGAGUUAGAUGAAAAAAAUAGAGGUUCUUAUGAACAAAUUGAUCCUCCUGUGUUGAGGAGGUUGUCGGGCCGACCAAGAGUUAAUAGGAAGAGGAGUGUAAUCGAAGGUCCGAGUGGUUCACAGGAUGCGAGAAGAUCAAACACAGUUAGGUGCGGGAAUUGCAAAGAGUUUGGACAUAACAUACUAGGAUGUCAGAGAGAUAAAACUAAAAAAUUGAAAAAACUACAGGUGCGGCGUAAAGAACAAAGCUCUAAUGGAAAUGCAACUUGUUGA